UGUGUGUUGUAUGUGGAUCGGACCUAUCCCGCAUAAUUUCGCCAGAGGGCGCUCCUGCACCAGUGAUACAGUAACCUUUCACCCCUUCACUGCUCAAGAUGGAGGACGUCGAUUUUCUCACAAAAUACCGGGCGGUUUCCAGCAAAUUAAAGAAGCGAUUCCUGCGGAAACCCAAUGUUGCUGAGGCUAGCGAACAGUUCGGAAGUCUUUCUAAAGACCUGCUAGAACAUGACAACCCCCACUAUGCUGGUUUCUGUUGCCUGGCCAUGGCAAGAUGUGAGCAGACGCUGUCGAACUCCCCGGGAGAGGCUCACGCGCUGGUUGAAGCGGCGCGACUGUUCCUGGAGGCAGAGUGCACCAACCAGCUGCUGAAGUGUCCCGGGUUUGAGGAACAUCUCAUCGCUGCCAUGAACUGUUACAACUUUGCCAUCAAGGUACACAUUGAACAGACACAGCCUGCCAUGGCCGCCUGCCUAUGCCUGGAGUUGGGAAAUGCUCUUAGGGGUCUGAACAAACCAGAUCAAGCCAUGUCAUACUACCAGAGAGCUGCAGAUCUCCAGUACCAGAACCCGCCUGACUGUCUGGAAUCUUCACAGAGAUGGCUUACCUGGCACAGGAGAGGGGAGGCUCAGCCAGUGGCCCUGCAUCAAGACCAAUAGGUGCAUUUUGUGACAUCCUGGCCAGAUGUGAGGUCACCAGAGUACUGUUACUCAUGCUCUUACAGCCCACGCCCCAGAGGAUCCGUCCUGAGCAUGCUCAGACGCUGGAGAGAUACGCCUGGGAGUCUCACUCUGAAGAUUCAGCACCUGUUAACUGCCUGAGUGAAGAGGUCUUCUUGCUACUGCAGUCCACAGUGAUGGCAUGUCAGUCCAGAGAUGUUUCUGCUCUUAAGUCACUACAGAAGGACUUGUGGCCACACCUGACAGCUGAACAGAACCACCUGCUGCACCUGGUUAUACAGGAGAUGGAACAUCCUUCAGGGGAGGGGAUCUAGUCACUGCAGAACCACCUGCAGCACCUGGUUCUACAGGAGAUGGAACACCUGUCAGGGAGGGGAUCUAGUCACUACAGAACCACCUGCUGCACCUGGUUAUACAGGAGAUGGAGCACCCUUCAGGGGAGGGGAUCUAGUCAGUACAGAACCACCUGCUGCAUCUGGUAAUACAGGAGAUGGAACACCCUUCAGGGGAGGGGAUCUAGUCACUACAGAACCACCUGCAGCACCUGGUUAUACAGGAGAUGGAGCACCCUUCUUUGUAGUCUCAUGUGAACAUGACUCCAUGUAAAGACAGAUGCACAGCAGCUUUUGAUUUAGGUUAACGAUAUGUGACAGUGCACAGAUUAUUAGUGUACAGUAACUGUUCUUUACAAUAUAUGUGUAUAAAUGUAUGUUAUGGAACUCAGAGUUGAAAUGAGAACUACUGUUGACCAGUCAAGUCAAGUUGACCACCAUAUAUUAUAAUCUCCAAGCAGAUCCUACGGUAGCAUAAGACAGUAUCAAAAGCUGGCAGAGGAGUGAAGCCGGCUUAGGAGAGGAGUGUGUUUUGCUACAUGGCAAAUGGACACCUCUUGGCUUACUACACUCCUUGGCCAGUUUGGUACUAUUUUAUGCCAUUGUAGGAUCUGCUUGGAGAUUACAUAUUACAAAAAUGGCUUAUUUGUUUUCAUUUUGUAAUACAAUGACGUUGUUACUGCCCA